AUGGACCCCCUAUCCAUAUCUGCUGGUAUCGCUGGCUUCCUCUCCCUUGGGCUAGAAGUCACGAAGUCACUCAUCGACUUUUACAGAGCCUAUAAAGACCAGGAUGCAGACAUUGCAGACAUGAUCAGAGAGCUGGACCACCUGUGCGUUGCUUUUGUAGCCCUUGAUGAAAGUCUGAAAAACCGCGAUUUCAGCCCCGGCAAGAAAGAUAUCCUUUCCGCGAUUGAGGAGGCAAUUGGCGAGUGUACCGACUACAUCGAAGAACUCCAGCACCAAGCGGAGAAGUUCAUGAAGCACCAGAGCGAAAGCACUUGGGUCAAGGUUGCUGCAGGUACCCGUCGCCUUGCGUACCCAUUUAAAAAGACAAUGCUCGAGAAGUUGAAAGGUGACAUCUUCGAACUCAGGUCAAGUGUCAACUUCAUGCUUCAGAUCGUUCAAAAGCGAGACAUCGAGGAACUGAGCGAUGACCUCGGGCAGGUAAAGGAUUUACUAGAAGUGGCUCACUCUACGACCCUUUCCUUAGCCGUCAAAGAGUGGCUGGGGGCGCCCGAUCCUACAGAUCUCUACAAUGACGCUUGCAGGAAGCGGCAACCGGGAACUGGGCUUUGGUUUGUCCGGGGCGAGGAUUUUGAGAGCUGGCUCAAAACUCGAGCCUCUUUUCUCUGGGUCUAUGGCUUUGCCGGGACUGGCAAAUCACUGCUAUGCUGUACCGCAAUUCAGCACGCUUUCCGCCAUCGACGCUCCAACCCACGGAUUGGCAUAGGCUUUUACUUCUUCAGCUUCGCGGAUACCAAUAUGCAAACCGCCUCUGGCAUGCUGCGGUCAUCCAUAUUGCAGCUUUCGAGCCAGAGGGAGGACUUGGCUUUUCUGAAGCAGCUCUAUGACACGUACAGCACCGCAACACCUCCAGUGCAUGCACUGCUUGGCUGUUUCCUGAAGCUCGUUCGGUCGUUCGAUGACGUCUACCUAUUUUUAGAUGGCUUGGAUGAAUGUCCCCAUGACGCCUACCAGCCCCGCGACUCGAACAGGGAUGAGCUGCUAGAGACAAUAACCGUGAUGCGCAGAUGGGGUGAUACUGGCUUGCACGUUUUGGUCACAAGCCGCGAUGAGUGGGACAUACAGGAAGCUCUUUGUGCUUUGCCGACUAAAGUCGUUUCGAUGCAGAAUGACUUCGUCCACAGCGACAUCGCAAAUUACAUUGACUCGCAGUUACGGGAAAGAAAGCGUCUCCAGAAAUGGUCCAAAAAUCAUACACGCAUAAAGGAGCAGCUGACGCGGCGAGCGGAUGGCGUCUUCCGAUGGGUUGAUUGCCAAUUUGGCGCCUUAGAGAACUGUCUCACGUUGGCGCAGCUCAAAGUGACUCUGUCAACGCUGCCGUCGACACUCAGCGAGACGUACGAGAGAGUCCUGGCAACUAUACCUGAGCAUCACGCGGAGCACGCAAGGCGCAUUCUACACAUACUCUGCUGCGCGUUUGAAACAGUCGGGAUAAACGAAUUGUUACGCCUCUCCGCCGUGGAAAUCGGCACAGAGAGCGCGAGAUAUGACCCAGAGGACCAGAUCCGCCCCGAGCUUAUCCGCUCUAUAUGCCCCGGAUUUCUUCACGUUGCUGGAUACUCCGUGCAGUUUGCGCACUCAUCGGUGCAAGAAUACCUCGAAUCGAAGGACAUUGGAAAAUGGGACAAGAAAGCAGAGCGGUUUCGCUUCGACAGGAACAAGGGUCACGCCAUGAUGACCUGCAUUUACCUUGCACACUUCUUGUUCGACGCGCUACCCAACGACGCCGAGGAAGGGCAGAACGGGCAUCCCGACGCGGACGGAAACUCGGAAGGACAAACAGAGUGGGUCUCAGAGCCAGAAUUUGAACCGCAGUGGUAUUUAGACCUGGACCCGGAUACAAAGAUUGAAGUAGAAGAGACGGCGAGGCGCUCGUUUCUACGUAACGCAGCUGUUGCCUGGCUACAACACUACCGCAAAAUUGUCAACAGCAACGAGCAGCAACUCCCAAGACACUUGAUUCUGCGACUCUUUCGGGACGACGCAGCAUUCUCAAGAUACGAAACAUGUCUGUAUGGCAUCCCUCAUCACCGUCACCAUCCUCCACAAUGCUGGCAUGGCGUCCAGAUCUACACCGCGGCUUCACUAGGAUUAGACUUUGUCGUCGCGAGCCUGUUGGAUGACGCUUCCUGGUGGAAAGGGUCCCAACCUUUUCGAUAUAGUGACAUGCUCAACCACGAAUGGCGCGCCGAUACUCUACUUCAUGCAGCUGCACGCAACGGCCACACAACGACGGUGCAGCUUCUCUUGGACAGAGGUGUCGAGGUAGAUAUCUGUCGCGGGGUCGACGUGUGCCUACUGAGCGGUAGCAUGUGCCCGUGGUUCCUCGAGACCAGCCGGAUGUACAGGGAAGAGGUGGAUGGAACAGCCCUCCUGGAGGCCGCAUGGGAAGGCCACAACAAUGUCGUGGCGCUGCUCCUAGAUCGCGGCGCCAACAUCAACUUCCGAGGGAGCAUUGAUCGUACCACCGUUGAACUUCUCUACAGCGAAUGCGCAAAUAUCAAUAACCAGGGCGCCAUUCAAGGAACAGCUCUGCACGCAGCAAGCUACCAGCGGGAGGAGGCUGUUGUUAAGCUGCUCCUCAGUCGCGGAGCGGAUGCCACCAUCCAGGGUGGGCUAGGUGGAACGGCCCUUCAAGCAGCCGCAUCCCCCUUCCCGCCAAGUGAGCCUAUCAUAAGGCUGUUGCUCGAUCACGGCGCCGACGUAAAUGGCGAGGGCGGCGUAUAUGGAACGGCACUUCAGGCAGCUGCCCUGAGAGGAGAAGAAUCGGUUGUAAGGUUGCUCCUCAGCCGUGGCGCCCAUGUUGACGCCGAGGGCGGCAUUUAUGGAACGGCUCUCCAAGCAGCGGCCUCUAAAGGGGAAAUGAACAUCGUCAGGCUACUCUUAGAUCAUGGCGCCGACGUCAACGUCCAGAGCGGCCAAUACGGGACUGCGCUCAUCGCCGGCGCAGCGCAGAACAGCGGAGAGAUCGUCGACAUUUUACUAAAGCACGGAGCCGACGCCAGUGUACGAGCAAAUGAGUUUGGGACCGCGUUUGAGGUGACAUACAAAAACGGCCUUCUCCUCGAUUCACUCGAUGUCCUGUUCCGUCACGGCCUUGUUCCCGAUGCGAAGAGGGCUAAGGUCAGAAGAGCGUUGCGGAAGUGCGUUUGGCCACGGUUGCCCCGUCCAUACAUCAUUGUCGAAGACCCUGAGUUACUUGUUGGACUAUCUUCGAUGAGUUUGUACGAGAACGAGUAUUAG